AUGGAUAAUGCUAACUGGUUUGGUAAUAAUGUUAGUAGUAUUUUGGGUGACGGCAACGAUAUCAGUUUUUGGAAAGACCAAUGGAUAGGUACGGCAUCGUUGAGAGUAAUGUUUCCUUCUCUUUAUGUGAAAUCCACACUACCAGAUGGUCAUUUUUCAACCAUGGGCAUGUGGGAGCGAGAUACUUGGAAGUGGAAGUUUGAAUGGACAACCGAACUAUCCGAUAUUGAAUCAGAAACAGUUCACGAUUUGUUGUUAAUUCUGGAUCAGGUUAGGCCGUCAAGGGAGACACGGGAUCGGCGUAGGUGGAAACCUCAUAAAGAUGGUUUUUUCACUGUCAAUACAGCCUAUACAGCGCUGCUGCCCAGGACUGGAGAGUGCAACAUUGAGCCAAUCACGGCGAAUGCAUUGAAACUUCUAUGGUUAAAUAAUGUACCCUCGAAAGUUAGUAUUUUUGGUUGGAGGUUGUUGCUCGGAAAAUUACCAACUAGGGAAGCUUUGUACAAUAAAGGUGUCAUUACAAACAAUCACGAGAGAAGCUGUGUUUUUUGUUUCAAUGUAGCUGAAGACAUUCCACAUAUGUUUUUCAAUUGCAAUGUUACAAAGCAAAUUUGGUGCAAAAUAUUCAAAUGGAUGGGCACACGUUUUUGUUCCGCGACUGAUGUUCCCAAUCAUUUGAUUCAAUUUGGAGUCUUAAUAACAGGAAGCAACAACGAACGAUUCCGUCACAUUAUUUGGUUGGCCACAACUUGGAGUAUUUGGCGUAUGCGAAAUAAUAUUAUAUUUAGAGGAGAUUUUGUUAAUGUUUCAUCUUUAGUAGAUCAAAUUAUUUAUAUUGCUUGGUUUUGGUUCAUCGGUAGAUCAAGGAACAUUGAUAAUGUAGCUUUCCUUGACUGGUGUAACAACCCCUUAGCUUGUUUUCGUUGUAUUUAA